AUGGAAGAACUUGGAAUGCAAGAAAGACUUGACGAGGCAAUUUACCUCAUUGAACUUAACGAGCUUGUUAAAGACUUCCUCAGGCAGAAUGUAAAAGGCAAGCUUGUUAACGGUUGGUUGUCUGGAAGAGGUGCGCUGAAAAUCGAAAUUGAAACCGGAAUUCCAAUUCAAAUACCAGAAAACACUCCUGUAGACGACAUAAAGGAGAUGAAGAAAGAAGUCAUUAUAAAGUUCUUUGCCAAGCGCCCAUGGAUACAACUUCCAAACAGAGAGAACCCUUUCCCAAGAAUGAACCAAAUUCUCAGAGCACUGUUCCACUUUUCUGGUCAACCAUUCUUUAUAACUACAGAAGGCGACAUUCAGCCAGUUCAGUAA